AUGGGUCAUAAAACCGAAAUUACUUUUUGCCCAGCUAAAGUCAGUUCUGAAGUAGCAAGUAACAAAAUGUGGGUACUUAUACACUUCCUGACUGUCUUGUAUUUAUCUAAUUCUCUGUCAUUAAACAACGAGUGGGAAAAGUUUAAACGAAAAUAUGAAAAAAACUACCCAAACGCGCACGAAGAGAAUUUUCGCAAAUCAAUUUUCACAAAAACCUUACAAGAAGUCACAUCCCAUAAUGCACGAUACUGGAAAGGAUUGGAAAAGUACUUUGUAGAAAUCAACAAAUUUAGUGACUACAUGGAGGACGAAAUGUUCUGUUGCCCCUACGAUCUUGCUCGAAAACCUCCCAACCCUUCCAUUGUAAUUUUCCCAAAUAUGAGCGCCAGACCACAAAGCGAUCUUCCCGACAUGGUCGACUGGAGACUGCAAGGAGUUGUAACACCGGUAAAACGCCAAGGAAAGUGUGGCAGUUGUUGGGCCUUUGCAAUUCUUGGCGCCACGGAAGCCCAUUACAGAAAACAGCGAGGCUCUUUUGUAAUUCUCAGCGAACAACAACUGGUAGAUUGCGUACGAGAAGUUGGUACUUGUAAAGGGGUUUGGCUUGACGAAGUUUACGAAUAUAUUAUUAAUAGUAACGGGAUUAAUUACGACCAGGACUACCGGUAUGAAAGUGCCCCUGGGUCUUGCAGGUUCAAGCCAAAUAAGCCAACAGUUACGUUUAAAAAGUACGCUUAUUUGGCUGAAAUCAGCGAGGAAGACUUGCAGUGGAUUGUGGCCAAGAUUGGACCUGCAACUGUGUCGUUUGAUGCCCGUGGGAGUCAAUUGAAGAGUUACAGUGGUGGGAUUUAUUACAACAGGACCUGUACCAAGACUUUGACCCAUGUGGCUGUUGUUGUCGGGUAUGGUACAGAAAAGGGAGAGGAUUACUGGAUUGUGAAAAACUCAUGGGGUCCCCAGUGGGGUAUUGAUGGAUAUGUGAAAAUGGCCAGAAAUCGAAACAACCACUGUGGGAUUGCCAGGAAAGUCACUUAUCCUAUUUUUGAUUAGCUUUUUGUCAUAAUAAUAAAAACUAGUAUAGUACUAGUGGUAGUUAUUUUCUGUGAUUACAAUGGCGUAAUAAAUUUUUGAUGGUGUAUAAUAAA